CGCUCCGAUAUAAUUUAUUCCCUUAUGUUUCUCAAGAAAAACUCAAUUUAAGAAAGAGAGAGAGGGUGGAGAACCUGGGGGGGGCGCUGUUUGUUUGGUGGUUUUUGGCCGGACAAGACAACCACCGGUUGUUGCGGCUCUCUAGAGAGAGAAAGAGGAGAGCAGAGAGAGAGAGAGAGAGAGAGAAUGGAGAUGGCGACUGUGAGUGCGAGUGUGCUGUCGUCGACGAGAUCUCAGUUCCACUCCGGCUCCACCGGCUCCCCUUCCCUUUGAUCCCCCCCGCCUCCCCCAUUCUUCCCUUGACGACGCUUGCCGUUCUUCUUCGCAGGGGGGGAAUGCUGCAGGUAUUUUUUGUUCGGGAAAUGCUUCUGUAGGAAUCUUAUAAGGGGACCGUAUUCUUUGACUCUGGAAUCGCAAUCACCAUAUUACUCUUAUUGAUUGCUAGGAUUUGGGAGAGAAAUAGCCAAAAUGACUUUUUUAUUGCAGGCCUGUUACUGGUGAAGAAGAGUUUUGCUGGUACUGAACUCCUAUUGAUCUGUAGUAUAUAGUUUGGUCUCUUUGGGGGCCCUCUAUAUAGGCUGGAUGGGUUCGAGAUUUCCAUCUCAUCAGCUAAGCAAUGGCCUAUACGUAUCAGGGCGGCCAGAGCAGCCGAAGGAAAAGACUCCGACUAUGAGUUCCGUCGCCAUGCCCUAUACAGGUGGUGACAUAAAAAAAUCGGGAGAACUGGGUAAAAUGUUUGACAUCCCUAUGGAUGGCUCCAAAUCUAGGAAGUCGGGACCUAUUGCCGGUGCCCCUAUGAGGACUGGAUCUUUUGGUGGGGCUGCUUCACACUCCGGUCCUAUCAUGCAUAAUACUUCAGGUCGGGCAAGCUACACUGCAUCUGGUCCUGUAACUUCUGGUCAGAUGUCUGGUUCUGCUUCAAUGAAGAAGACAAAUUCCGGGCCACUUAAUAAGCAUGGAGAACCUAUAAAAAAGUCUUCUGGUCCUCAAUCUGGUGGAGUUACACGCCAAAACUCUGGCCCUAUCCCACCAGUUCUUCCAACCACAGGUCUCAUCACAUCAGGUCCUAUUUCUUCAGGGCCACUAAACUCAUCCGGGGCCCCUCGGAAAGUGUCUGGGCCACUUGAUUCUCUUGGGUCAAUGAAGCUUCCAAGCUCUGUUGCUCACCUUCAAGCUGUUACUACUCUUACCCAAGAUAAUGAAUCAUCUUUCAUGAGGAACCUGCCAAAGUCGAUAAUCUGGUCGGUGAUUCUAAUAUUUGUGAUGGGAUUUAUUGCUGGUGGUUUUAUACUUGGAGCUGUUCGCAAUGCCAUUCUUCUAAUUGUGGUCGUGGUCCUCUUUGCCUUGGUUGCCACAUUGUUCACAUGGAAUACUUGCAGGGGACGAAAGGCUAUCACAGACUAUAUUGCACGUUAUCCUGAUAGCGAUCUCAGAACUGCAAAAAAUGGCCAGUUUGUGAAGGUCUCAGGGGUGAUCACAUGUGGUAAUGUCCCCCUUCAGUCAUCUUUCCAUAGAGUUCCUAGAUGUGUCUAUACAUCUACGAGUUUGUAUGAGUACAGAGGUUGGGAUUCGAAAGCAGCCAAUCCUAAACAUCGCCGUUUUACAUGGGGACUUAGAUCAGCAGAAAGACAUGUUGUGGACUUCUACAUCUCUGAUUUCCAGUCUGGAUUGAGAGCUUUGGUCAAAACUGGCUAUGGUGCACGGGUUACUCCUUACGUGGAUGAUUCGAUUGUCAUUGAUGUUAAUCCAUCAAAUAAGGACAUGUCUCCUGAGUUUGUCAGGUGGUUGGGGGAGAGGAACCUCUCAAGUGAUGACCGUGUGAUGCGAAUGAAAGAAGGGUACAUCAAAGAAGGCAGUACAGUCAGCGUGAUGGGUAUCGUCCAGAGGAAUGAAAACAUGCUCAUGAUCGUGCCUCCCCCUGAGCCAUUUACCACUGGAUGCCAAUGGGCGCGAUGUAUAUUUCCCGCAAACCUUGAUGGCAUUGUUCUGAGAUGCGAAGACACGUCAAAAAUCGAUGUAAUACCUGUGUAGCACUAUGUGUGUGAAAACUUUCUUCCUUCUCUCGACAAAUAUUUUGUUUGCUCUGUUGAUGCUGGCGGUAGUAGCGAUGUUUCAUAGUUACAUGGGGCAGUCAGAUUGGGAUGAUUUUAAGAUUGAGAAGUGUUUUUGUUCCCUCGUGUAUAGCUUUAAGAAAAAUUCUUUCUUUUACCAUAUUUUUAUAAGGCUUUAGCUCUUGUAAUGGGGGUGGGCUUUGACGUAGUUGGGGGAAUGUUACGUUGUGGAGCAGACUUGUCUUUUUAUGUUGCAAAUCAAGAGGAUUGUUCAUUUA